AUUAGUUUUGAAACGCGUGUUAAUCUUCGGCUCGUCAACAAAAAGUCAAUUUCUGGUAAAAAACUUGAAUGCCAGGUGAAAAAUCGUUUUAAAUCAAUUUAAUCAAAAUGGAUGAAAAUUUAACAAUAUUUGUGAAUCGACGAAAAAAACUCACAACAAGAGAAGAGUUAGAGAAAUGUUCCAAAGAGGAGUUGAUCAAUCGAAUUUUACAAUUGGAAACGCACAAUCAGCAGCUGAAAAAUGUAUUGAAAAAGGAAUUGAACUGCGGGGAUGACGAAUCAAAAAUUACCAAGCAAAAAAAGUUUGAUUUUUCAAAUCGUAACACACGUCAUGUUCUCUUGAAACUGUAUUACUUGGGAUGGGAUUAUCAGGGGUUUGCUACACAAGAAGAGUCAAUCAAAACAAUAGAACAUCAUUUAUUUGCGGCAUUGAAGCGAACAUGUUUAAUCGAAAGCCGAGAAACAUCAAAUUACCAUCGAUGCGGCCGAACUGACAAAGGUGUCAGUGCAUUUUCACAAGUAAUAUCAAUUGAUUUGAGAAGUAAAUACCCUGACGAAGACCAAAUGACCGAAGACUCAAUAAAGAAUGAGAUUCGUUAUUGUGACUCUUUAAAUCGCGUGCUUCCGCAAGAUAUUCGGGUCGUAGCGUGGCAACCAUUGUACAAUCGUGAAUUUAGCUCGCGUUUCGACUGUCGCGAACGUGUCUAUCGAUACUUCUUUCCGCGAAGUAAUUUGAACAUUGAAGCAAUGCGUAAAGCAUGUACGUAUUUAAUAGGCAUUCAUGACUUUCGAAAUUUGUGUAAAAUGGACGUUGCUAAUGGUGUGGUCACUUUUGAACGUGAGCUUAGAGACGUACGGGUCGUAGAAGCUUCACGAAAGACACACGAUAAUAGCAGUCCGUAUGAUAUGCAUUAUGUUGAAUUGAUCGGAAAAGCAUUUUUGUGGCAUCAAGUACGAGCGAUAAUGGCCAUUCUUUUACUCGUCGGACAAGAAGAUGAAAAGCCUGAAAUUGUCCAGGAGCUAUUGGACAUUGAACGAAAUCCAUGCACACCACAGUACAGUUUGGCUGCCGAUUUUGCACUCAAUUUAUUCGACGUUGAUAUGGAGGAAUAUUCAAAAUGUACGGUACCAACCGGUCCAUUAGUGACCGAGACUAAACAAUGGAUUUAUGACAGCCAUACAUUGGGCAAAGUCAUUGGCAUUUUACAGGGACAAUGGACACAACUUAGUGUUAAGAGCCAUAUGAUCAUAGAGAUGCUGAAUGUUCUGGAAGACAUUUACGAAAAUAAAUUGGGUGCAAAUCACAUCUAUAAGUAUUGCGAUGCACUCCAAGAAGGCGUUAGAUCGAAAAAGUAUAAGCCACUACUCACACGGAACAAAUGCAGUAGUUUAGAGAAUCGAAUACAGCAUUACUCGAAGAAACGAAGAAUCGAUUUGAUCAACACAGAUGAAGCGAACCAACGAAAACAAGACCUAUCUAAUCCAAAACAAACAAAUGAUGAAAAAAUGACAACCUAUUGACAAAUUCAGCAAAAAUAAAACACAAAAUAAACGAAACAUUCUCAAAA